AUGCCGCGCACCUGCUCGAUCCCUUCCAAUCGCAGGGAGGAAAUGCUGGAAGCACUCAAGGCUCUCUCGACCUUUUUUGUCGAAAAUAGUUUGCGCACCCGAAGAAACUUGCGUGGAGACAUUGAACGACGAAGCUUAGCCAUAAAUGAAGAAUUUGUCCACAUAUUCAAGCAAGUUAAAGAGGAGCUUGAGAGUAUAAAUGAAGAUGUGCAAGCAAUGAGCAGCUGUUGUGAAGAUAUGUCCAGUCGUUUGAAGGCAGCAAAGGAACAAACCCAGGACUUGAUAGUAAAAACCACCAAACUUCAAGCAGAAAAUCAGAGACUAGAAAUGAAAGCACAAGUUGCAGAUGCAUUCAUAGCAAAAUUCCAACUGACACCGGAUGAAAUGAACCUCCUUCGAGGCACGAAAGAUGAACCAAUUACUGAGGAUUUUUUCAAGGCUUUGGGAAGAGUAAAGCAAAUUCAUGAUGAUGUCAAGAUUCUCCUCCGGACAAAUCAGCAAAGGGCGGGCUUGGAAAUUAUGGAACAGAUGGCUUUACUGCAAGAGACAUCUUAUGAACGACUUUACAGAUGGACUCAAAAUGAAUGCAGGACUUUGACGCAAGAAUCAUGUGACAUUUCUCCAGUUCUUGCUCAAGCCAUGGAAGCCUUACAAGACAGACCUGUCCUGUAUAAGUACACUUUGGAUGAGUUUGGAACAGCCAGGAGGAGUGCUGUAGUCCGUGGCUUUAUAGAUGCUCUUACUAGAGGAGGUCUGGGAGGUACUCCCCGCCCUAUUGAAAUGCACUCCCACGAUCCUCUGAGGUACGUAGGAGACAUGCUGGCCUGGUUGCAUCAAGCUACAGCUUCUGAAAAAGAACACCUAGAAGCUAUGCUAAAGCUUGUAACUGUUCAAGGUGUGGAAGAAAAUAUUCAAGAAGUAGUUGGGCACAUCACAGAAGGUGUCUGCAGGCCUCUGAAGGUUAGAAUUGAGCAGGUGAUUGUUGCUGAGCCAGGAGCAGUUUUACUGUACAAGAUUUCUAAUCUUCUCAAGUUCUACCACCAUACAAUCAGUGGUAUUGUAGGAAACAGUGCAGCCACAUUGUUGACAACAAUUGAAGAAAUGCAUUUGCUGAGCAAGAAGAUAUUCUUUAAUAGCCUGAGUCUUCAUGCAAGUAAACUAAUGGACAAGGUUGAACUCCCACCGCCUGAUCUUGGCCCAAGCUCUGCGCUAAAUCAGACACUUAACUUGCUACGGGAGGUUCUGGCAUCUCACGACUCAUCUGUUGUUCCACUGGAUGCCCGUCAAGCUGACUUUGUGCAGGUUCUGUCUUGUGUGCUAGAUCCAUUGUUACAGAUGUGUACUAUGUCUGCUAGUAAUUUGGGCACAGCCGAUAUGGCAACCUUCAUGGUAAAUUCGCUUUAUAUGAUGAAGACUACUUUGGCUCUCUUUGAAUUCACUGACAAACGUCUAGAAAUGUUACAGUUUCAGAUUGAAGCUCAUUUAGAUACACUCAUAAAUGAACAAGCUUCCUAUGUGUUAACAAGAGCCGGUCUAAGUUACAUAUAUAACUCUGUGCAGCAACACAAACCGGAACAGGGUCCUCUUUCAAAUUUACCAAGUAUGGAUUCCGUGUCCCUGAAGGUUGCAAUGGCUCAGUUUGAUCGCUAUCUGUCUGCUCCAGAUAGUCUGCUAAUGUCCCAGCUGAAUUUCCUUCUGAGUGCCACUGUGAAAGAGCAGAUAAUAAAGCAGUCAACAGAACUGGUCUGCAGAGCUUACAGUGAGUUAUAUGCAGCUGUGAUGGAUCCUUCAAAUGAGUAUAAGGAUCCAGAAACCAUACUACACAGAUCUCCUCAUCAAGUUCAGGCACUCCUUUCAUAGUUUUGCUUCCCCUAGAUUUAUCAGAAUCCAUAAUUCUGUGUUUGUUGAGUAUUCGCAUUGAGUUCUUUUUCUGUUUUGAAUUUUGAUGUGUAACUGUAUAGUUAAAAUAUGUAGGAAUGCGGUUUUGUUUAAUCUGCUUGGCAGAAGUCUAGUCUUUCCUGUGUCUUUGAACACCUUCUAUAGGCCAGAAAAUAGAAUAUAGAUUAAAAAUUAUUUUAAUGUAUUCCUCUAAUGGAAAUAGACCGUGACACUAUGCAAUCUCUUUGAAAAAGGAGAAAGAAGCUUUUUCCUUGCUGUACAUAAUCCUUUCAACUAGAGGUUGAACCAGUGUCUCUUACGACCUCACCAAUAUUUUUAUUUGCUCUUUUCCCUGUUCUUUCACUCUUUUUCUCAGCCUAUCAUCAGUAAACGCCGAUAACUGUAAUUUUAAUAUAACUGAUAUACUUUGAAUGUCUCAAGUGCAUCACUUCUACAGCUCAUAAAUAAUUUCAGAAUACUUUAUGCUGUUUUUCAAAUCCUGUUGAUUAAGUCUUUGAGGCAAAA